UGGGUAAUUGCGCAUGUGUUGUAUUAGUAAACGAACGGUUUACGUUUCCGUUUGUAUACAAAGAGAGGGAAGCCGCCAAAGAUAUUUUGAAUCAAUCUAACACCAUCCUGCUCAAAGAUGACGGCCUUAAUGCAGAAACCCAAGAGCGAGAUGAGUCCCGAGGAACUAGCCCAGCGGGAGCAGGAGGAAUUCAACACGGGUCCCCUGUCUGUCCUCACUCAGUCCGUCAAAAACAACACACAGGUCCUCAUCAACUGCAGAAACAACAAGAAACUCCUUGCCCGAGUCAAAGCUUUUGACAGACACUGUAACAUGGUGUUGGAAAAUGUAAAAGAGAUGUGGACAGAAGUUCCAAAAACAGGCAAAGGCAAGAAAAAAUCUAAACCUGUGAAUAAAGACAGAUACAUCUCUAAAAUGUUCCUUCGUGGUGACUCUGUGAUUCUGAUUUUAAGAAAUCCGAUGGCAACAGCCAAGUAGAACAAUGACAUUUAGGCAGGGGGUGUACAGACAGACUUGUGAUGUGGACCAUUGUAAAAGCUGGAGAAUGGAGAGGUCUGACAGAUGACACAGCAGGAUGUUAGAGGAAUUGUGUUAAUGUCUCAGUCCUCUAAUGACAGGGGAGAUAAUUAGUUAAUUUUGUCUUGUGUCGAGCCAUUCUGUACCAUAUUGAUGUUUUAUUUACCUUGUAUACAGAGAUGGUUUUUUAUAUCCGUUGUGUUACAUGUGUAAAACAUGUUAAGCAGCUAGGCAUCAUGCUCUCAUUUUUCAUGUUUUGUCAUUAAAUCAUGAUAAACAUUUA